AUGGCUUCAUUCUCACUGCCGCCUAUCAACGACAAUCCGGAUGGAGGCUGGGGGCCAUCAUCCUCCAAUCUGCCCGCGCAAUUCAAGUUCAAAGAUAUUCCGUACGCUCCGUACUCCAAGUCAGACAAGCUCGGUCGAUUUGCCGACUGGAACGACAUAUCUGGCGACAAUCGUCAAAAUGUAGGCGUUGCAUCUGCUCAGGCAACUGCUCGUGGAAGUGGCCCCGGAAAUCGGGGAAGGAGGGACGGUCAACAGGCAUUUGGCAGCGGUACUGCCAGUGCAUUCGCGUACUUCCAUGCUGAGGACGAAUCGAGUUUCUCACUUGUGGAUACCAAGACAAAUGCAGCGCGCAGGGGGGGACCCCUCGGCAGAGGCAGAGGUGCUGGUAGAGGUGGCGCCGCUUCCAGGGGGGGCGGCCAACGAGGUGGACGCGGUGGAUUUACCGGGGGACGGGGCGGCAACAAUGCCCAACGGGGCGGAAGGAGGGGCUGGAGAGAUUGGGAAAAGAACAACCGUGCGCGCGAGUCCUCAGUUGCUAUCUCUCCCGAUUGGUCUAUGCUCGAGGAGGUCGAGUUUCAUCGUCUUGCAAAACUGCGGCUGGAAGUUGAUGAGCCUGAAGACCUGGAUUCGUACGGGCGGUUGUUCGCGUACGAGAAAUCCUACGAUCGUAUCACAACAAAAACGGAGAAGCCUCUCCAAUUGGUUGAUCGGAUUAAGUACAAUACGACCACUUCAGACGAUCCUGUAAUCCAGGAGUUGGCAUCAAGGGACACAGCUACGGUGUAUACCACGGACGUUAUCCUCAGUGUUCUCAUGUGCGCACCACGUUCGGUGUAUCCAUGGGACAUUGUCAUAGUUCGCGAAGGGAACAAACUAUUCUUCGACAAACGUGACGGCGGUCCGUUUGAUACCGUGACCGUUAACGAGAAUGCCGCCGAUCCUCCGCAGGAUGCCACAACCGUGAACCCGAACAAUCCCAACGAAAAAGUCGCGGUUCCAGAGACCCCGUCCAUCAACACGGCCACAUCGCUGUCUCUCGAAGCCACUUACAUUAACCAGAACUUCGGUUUCCAGUCUGUCAUUGAGACUCCUCCCCCACCGCCCGUGGACUUCGCGAAGCCGAACCCCUUCUACGGGCCAGAUGAGACGGAGCCCCUUGCAUCAUGUGGGUACCGCUAUCGUGUGUUCGACCUUGGUAUCACAGAGGAUGAGGACGUCAGAAUUUGCGUCCGGACGGAAGUAGAUGCGUAUACGCCAGGGCAAGGAAACCCUCGUGCCGGCCAGGGCCUGGUCACAAUCCGCGCCCUGAAUGAAUUCGACUCUCGUGCCUUGGGUGCGGGUGGUGCGCCGGACUGGCGCGCGAAGCUGGACUCACAGCGCGGCGCAGUUGUUGCCACUGAAAUGAAGAACAACAGCUGCAAGCUCGCGAAAUGGACCGUGCAGAGCGUGCUCGCUGGUGCAGAGCUGCUAAAGAUUGGAUUCAUUUCUCGUGUAAACCCCCGGGACAAUACCCGACAUGUCAUCCUGAGCACGACAUCCACGCGUCCCAUGGACUUUGCCGCGCAGCUGAACGUGUCCCUUGCCAACGGCUGGGGGAUUGUUCGCACAGUCACGGAUAUGUGUAUGAAGCAACCCGAGGGCAAGUAUGUCCUGGUCAAGGACCCAAACAAGCCGGUAAUCCGGCUCUACGCCGUGCCAAUGAAUGCGUUCACCGGCGAGGACGAAGACGACGAAGGCGCUUUCGACGGCGAGGAACCCGACUCCGCUGUCGCUUGA